CCACCCAACCACACAUUGGCCUUCAUUGGGUCAAUAUGUUGAUGCAACGUUUCCCUUUUGGUUUCUUCACCUUUUUUGUAUUUAUUUCGAAUAUUUUCAAUUUAAUAAUAAACACAUUACAUAUAAAUUUCUGUUCAGUCAUCGGCAAAUCCAGAGAUGACCAGACGCCUCGCCACCGUUACACCUUGUUUUUACAUUUUCUUGGUUCAUAAGUUGGUCAACUUGUUUCUAUUUUGAAAUUUGAAAAUUGAGGUUAGUAUUUUGUUUAUGUUUUGUUGUGCUAUAAUGUAGUUUGUACAAAUUUAUUUGAACAAACCACAUUUAUCAAACUGUUUUUGUAUAGUUUUAGAAUCAAUUUUGUUUUAUAUACAUCGUGUAAAUCUUGUACGAGAUGAGCUACAUCGGAAAUAAAAACUUUCCUAAAAGUAAAGGUUCAUCUGAUAAACAACGUACAAAAUGUGUCAAGUUUUCAAAAGCUUCUGUAGAUGACAAACCAGUAGGAAAUGACAAAAUAAAAAAGUCUUGUAUACGUACAGUAAGCAAUACAGACGGGUCGGUUAAAAGUUGUUCGUCCUCGGUGAUUGGUUUUGAUUUGACAGUCAGCAUAGAUUCUAAAAAUGUAAGUUCUACAAAUCAAAGAAAUGCUGAAAUUGGAAGUGACAGAAACGAGGAAGUAUCCUUGGAUAUGGAACAAACUGACAAUUUCAAGCUAGCUGUUCCUGAACUGUGUACAUCUUUGAAGAUUGCCAACAAUUUGCUGGGCGCUGUUGCAUCUGCCAAAGACUCACGACAUGCAAAUAGUCAUGAGGAAAAUGUUGCACUGGCCAAAUCUAAGGCAAUGGUGAAUGUCCCUUUCGAAGAACACGUGUUCAAGGACUUGAUUGCUCUCAAUAUAAAUACUGACGAUCUCAUCUGCGGCUCCAGAAUGAAGAGCAAAAAGUUCGAGCGAGUGAAAGACAGUGAACCUGAACUUUCCGACUACUUUAAUCCGUCGUUUGACAACGAAUUUAUCGUCAAAUGUGCGCCUGUGCCUUUUGAAAUCGACAAGAAUCGCCUCUUUGACGGGUUUUCACUCACGGAACGCGCUAGAAAUUGGGAAGCUAGUGAUUGCUAAGUGGUUUGCUAGCUUCCUUACGUAUAGAACACAGCAAGGUGGAAUAGGUGACGCAAUUAGCGGAGAAAGAGACUUGUAAUAGGAAUGAGAGUAAACACGACAUAAGUAUUUAAUACCUUAAGAAAGGUUUUUAAUAACUUGAACUAUACAGGUUUCGAAUUGGAAUGAGUUCAAUAUAUUGCAAACAGUUUAUAUAUUUCAUUGGAAUGAGCUAUACUUUGCUCUUGUUGACUCUAAACUGAAUUAUGGAAUAAGUUGUUGGGGCUCUACUUACAUUACCCACUUGAGACCACUUAUAACCUUACAAAAAUCUAUUGUCAGAGCUGUUAAAAAAUCAGGAAGAUAUGAACAUGCCUUUCCCCUUUUUCAAGAUAUAAAAUGCUUGCCUCUAAGAUACAUAUAUGUUUUCAAAGUUUUAUACCUAUUCUUUGUAAUGUCUGGAAACAGUGGUCAGGCAAUUUUCAGGGAGAGAACAAAUUAUCAAACUAGGAGAGUCACUUCUGUUCUGCUAAGGCUUCCCAGGUCAUAUACCACUUGUUUCCAGAAAUCGUUUGUAUUUCUAGGUCCGAAAUUUUUCAAUAAUUUACCUUUUGAGGCAAAGAGAAUUGAUAAUAGGAAAAUGUUCAAAUAUUACAUUCUUAAAUGACUUAGAAAUAUCUUGCCUGAUUGUUUAGAACACAUGUUUUUUAUUCUUUCUUAGUUUUCGACAUAAUAAUUAUUAUUAUAGUUGUUGAAAAUCAUAUCAAAAGUAAUUAAACCUAAACUGGAAAUGUAUGAGAGGUGAGUGAAUGUGUGA